CCUCUCAUGAGCGCAGCAGGAAGCCACAGGAACAGAGUGGAUGGCUCUAUGCCACGGCAGUGAGCAGCCGGUCGUCGGGAUCCUGUGGAUGGGAGAUGAAGAUGGAGGCAUCUUUCAAAUCAAGGCACAGAGCAGAGGCUCCAUCCUUGCUGAGAUCCUACAGGUGGCAGACAGUCCUCCAGAAUGGGGGGAAGGAGACGGAGCUUGCUCCUAGUACGGCAUCUGGGUCCAGUGGGCACGGAGGCAAACAGCAGAGAUGGAAGCGCGCACAAAGCCAAACAGAGAGCGAACUUUCUGAACCUACCAGUGAGCAGAAAGUACCUGCAGCAGUCCCCAUGGACAGCCGGGCUGCCGCCAAGAGGUCUGUCUUCCGACGGGCUUUCUCUACCCCUGCAAAGAUACCCAAGGCCCAGGAAGGAGGUGGUAAGAUGAGUCUACGGAAGUAUUUGCGCUCCAUGUCCCACUGGAAGAACCAGGAAGGUGCACCACGAUCAGACAGGGAAACUAAGGAAGCAAGCAAAGGGGGUAAUGCUGCUGUCCAGCUGGCUCCCUUGGCUCUGGUUGCCGUUCCUGAUGCUCCUCUCUGGGAUGUAGCCAGUGUGUCUCUUCUGGACCGACAGUUGGUACUCAUGGGCAGAGAUGAGGAGAGUGUGCUGCAGAACCGGACACGAACUAGCAGUUCCGUCUCAGAGACAAGUUCUGUGUACCCCGUUUUGUGUGGCCAGAUGAAUUACGCUAUAUCCUGUGAUGGAAGAAGCUUUCUUGACUCACAGUCGCCUGAAAAAGUGCUCCCUCAAGAGUCUCCCUCUGUGCCACAGCUCAGCAAUGUGAAGGGCCUGCUGUGGAGACGGCUCAGAGACCGGAAAGAGCGGAUUCAAGCCAGGACGGACUCGUCAGCUGGAACUGCUGCCAACGGUAACAGGGAAGUCCUACCUGGCCCAGAACUCAUCCUGGACUUGACCAAAGAGAAAGAUGUCUUGAUCCGCCCACUUCACAGCAGCCUUCUAGGAAAGCGGUAUUGCUUUGAGGUGCUGACUGCUGGAGGGCGCCGCUGCUUCUCCUGCACAUCUGCCAUUGAAAGGACCCGCUGGAUGGAGGACUUGUGCCGAGCUGUUCAGCCCAGUAAGGACAACUGCGAGCGGACAGAGCACAUGCUGAGCCUUUGGGUGUACGAAGCCCGAGACUUGGCUCCCAGGAAACCCUGUUUCUGUGAGCUGCGCUUGGACGGGGCCCUGUAUGCUCGCACCACAACCAAGCAGAGCAGCCCCACUGGAACUAUCUUCUGGGGCGAGCACUUUGACCUGAAGUCGCUGCCACCAGCUCAGGAACUACAAGUCUGCCUGGUGCAGGAGGAGGACGGGCAGAGGCACAAGGGCAGCACCGUUGCCAGUGUGGCCGUUCCCCUCAAGGACCUAGCUGCUGUGCGCCAGCCACUGGAGAAAUGGUACCCCAUGGGCAGGAGCAAGCCCAACAUGCCGUCGCUCCGGCUUCGAGGACGCUAUUGCAGCAUCCACGUUCUGCCCAUUGUGCAAUAUAAAGAGUUUGCUGAGUAUCUCACCUUCCACUAUCGGGAGCUGUGUGCCGUACUGGAGCAUUCCCUCAAUGCCAGGGACAAAGAGGAGCUGACAGGUGCUCUGGUGCGCAUAUUGCAGAGCACAGGCAAAGCCAAGGCUUUUCUCAUCGAUUUGGGCAUUGCAGAACUGGAUCGCUUUGAUGAACGGGAAGCAUUGAUUUUCCGCGAGAACACUCUUGCCACCAAGGCUAUCGAUGAAUACAUGAAGCUGGUAGGAGGGCCAUAUCUUCUGGAUACACUGAGUGAUGUUCUAGCCCACCUGUACUCCUUGGAGAACAGCUGUGAAGUGGACCCCAGCAAGUGUGCCGUAAGUGACCUGGCUGACAACCGCGGCAACCUGCAGCAGAUCUGCGGAGAGGUCUUCCAAAGGAUUGACAGGUCCAGCCACUCCUUUCCAGCGGAACUUAGUGAGGUGUUCACCGCCUGGCAGGAAGAAUGCCAGUUGCGGGCCAAGGCAGGCAUUGGCCGGCGGCUCGUCUCUGCAUCCCUCUUCUUACGCUUCCUGUGCCCGGCCAUCAUGUCACCCAGCCUGUUUGGCCUCACUCAGGAAUACCCAGAUGACGCCACUUCCCGCACCCUCAUCCUGGUGGCCAAAGUCAUCCAGAACCUGGCAAACUUUACCACGUUUGGAGAAAAAGAAGCCUACAUGAGCUUCAUGAAUGAAUUCCUGGAGUACAACUCAGACAACAUGGCAGCAUUCCUCGACCGUGUCUCCAGUCCCGGCAACACCAUCUCCUUUGCAGACUAUUGUGACUCCAUUGACCUAGCCCUGGAGUUGUCCAUCUUGCAUUCCCUGCUCUGGGACAUUGUUUCUGGCCUAGAAGAGCGGACACAGGAGAGACUGGAGCCGCUGCCCACGAUUCUGCGUGCCAUCCAAAAGGGAACACCAGUGCCGGUUUCUGUUCAGCUUGGCUCGAACACAGACAAAAGAGGGACAGAAAACCAGAAGCCGGGCUUUGUGCCGCCACGGGAACUGGGCAAACACAACCCUUUGAUCAAGAGCCACUCCAUGACCAAUAUCCAGAAGGCCCGAGGCAAGGAGGAGCCGCUGGCCCCUUCGCCCCAAACCAAGACCAGUAAAGUGCAUCGCACCCAGAGCGUUCCCACCCAAAGCAAGGCCGCCCGGCACCUGCGCAAGCCAGGCAGCAGUGAGCCAUGUUCCUCCCACCCGUGUGGCAACAGCAGCAGGGCGUCUCGGGAGACAUCGAAGCUGCACCCUUCCGGAUCUCUGCCCCGGAAACCUACCGUUCCCUGGUUGCGAUACUCUGAAGAGGCAGCGGAAACACAGAGUAGCUUUUGUGCCGUGCAGUCCCUGGAACAGUAUGGGAGGCAGAUGGAAGAGAUGCAGAGGGAGCUGACCUCAGCCAAGGACAAGCAGAAACUUUAUGAGGAGCAAUGGGAGAGACUGGCUGCUCAGAACCAAAGGCUCCUGGAAGAGCAGGCCAGGUUUCAGGAGCAAGAAGAGAUCCUCUACAAGAGGCUGGAAGAUGCAGAAAGCUGCUUUGCACAACUCAACAGCAGAGUGUUGGCUGUGGAGAAUGCCUGGAAGAAGGAUCGAGAGAAACUCCAAAGCACUGAAGAGAAGGCCAAAUGUCUGGAACACCGCUUGUCCAGAAUGGAGAGGGACCAUGACCAGCUUCUCCAAGCUGUCAGCCAGAUGCUGGGAUAUCGAGGAAAGUCAAUCAAUUCACUGCAGCGACCCCUCUCAGGGCCCGUAUGGGUAAACAGGACUGAAAAUGGGAAUGAGAUCUAGUACAGGUGACUUUGCCCCCCAAAACAAAUUCACCCAGGGCAAAUCCUGUGCAAAACUCUCUUCCCAGUCAGAAAAGCAAAAGCUCUUGCCAAGGUCCCCAUAGACUGACAGUCCCUUCCAUCAACAGAGCUCUCCAUGGGGGACUCGUGUGCAAACGGCUUUAAUGGUGCAUAUUUUGGCAGCCCCACCAGUAACUCUGCCAUAUCUUCCUGUGUCUUACACACCUUACCUAGUUUCCAAUGCUACGUGGCCAAAGAUGCUGCUGUCACCCCUACUGCUGCCUAAAACUCCAUCCUCCUCUUAGCUUAGGAGCCGCACAAGCGCCUGACCUCCCAUCUGUAUGGGUAUUCUUGGUAUUCUGCUUGGAGAUGAUAAUUUCUCCCCAUAUUCAUAUCUCAGAUUUACCCUCUUGAAUCUAAAGCACUGGUUACACAAAAAAGUUUUUUUUAAACAAAAAAUAAAUAAAUG